UGCUGCUUGCUUUGCUCUCAAAUAAUGGGUGCUGGUGGUUUUGUUGCCGGUGAUGUUAAAAACUAUCCCGGAAAGGUCACUCGGCAUGUGGUAAAUGCUUGUGUGCUAGGAGCCAUGGGAGGAUUAAUUUUCGGAUACGACCUCGGUAUCUCGGGUGGUGUGACGUCUAUGGCUCCCUUUUUGAAUAAAUUUUUCCCAGAUGUUUAUCGUAAGGAAGCAUUAGAUACAUCCACUGAUCAAUAUUGCAAGUUUAACGAUAUGGGGCUAACCCUGUUCACAUCUUCAUUAUACUUGGCUGCAUUAAUUGCGUCUUUUGGAGCUUCUUAUAUCACAAGGACGUCGGGUCGGAAAAGAACAAUGCUCCUUGGUGGCAUCGUAUUUUUCAUCGGAGCUGCUCUCAAUGCCGGUGCUGUGGACCUCUCAAUGCUCAUCGCCGGUCGCAUUCUCUUAGGUGUUGGAGUUGGUUUUUCAACUCAGUCUGUGCCGCUCUAUGUGUCCGAGAUGGCUCCACAAAAACAUCGUGGUGCUUUCAACAUCGUGUUCCAACUCGCAAUCACUAUUGGCAUUUUCAUAGCUAAUCUUGUCAAUUACUUGACACCUAAGAUUGCUGGAAACCAAGCAUGGCGUUACAGCUUAGGCGGAGCGACCAUUCCUGCGGCCCUCAUCUGUCUUUCAGCGCUUAAACUGGAUGACACUCCAAACUCGUUGUUAGAGCAAGGCAAAGCUGAAAAAGCUCGAGAAAUACUUAGAAAGAUACGUGGCCUUAACGACAAGGAAAUUGAGUCUGAGUUUCAAGAUUUAGUCACGGCCAGUGAGGCAGCUAAGCAAGUGGAGCAUCCCUGGACUAGAAUCCUCAAGAGACAGUAUCGGCCGCAACUGACCAUGGCUGUAGCUAUUCCGUUUUUCCAACAACUUACUGGGAUGAAUGUGGUCAUGUUCUAUGCUCCUGUCCUCCUCCAGAGUAUUGGUUUUGAAAGUAAUGCUUCCCUCUUAUCCACGGUUAUCACCGGCGCUGUUAACAUUCUUGCCACCGGUGUUUCAAUCUAUGGCAGUGACAAGUCUGGAAGAAGAUCUCUGUUUCUUUCAGGUGGAGCUGUAAUGUUUGUAUUUCAGGUUGCGCUCGCAGUUUUAAUCGGAUCCAAGUUUGGAACAUCUGGAGAUGUGAUUGCAUUGCCAAGGUGGUAUGCCGGUAUAGUUGUAGCAUGCAUCUGCUUAUUUGUUUCUGCCUUUGCGUGGUCGUGGGGGCCAUUGGGAUGGCUAGUUCCGAGUGAAAUAUUUCCGCUAGAAAUUCGAUCAGCCGGGCAAAGCAUCACCGUGGCAGUCAACAUGUUAUUCACUUUCUUCAUAGCUCAGCUUUUCCUCGCAAUGCUUUGUCACUUCAAAUUUGGUUUGUUCAUCUUCUUUGCAAUCUUUGUGGCAAUCAUGAGCACCUUCAUCUUUUUCUUUUUGCCUGAGACGAUGAACAUCCCCAUUGAAGAGAUGUCUAAAGUGUGGAAGCAACAUUGGUAUUGGAGGAGAUUCAUGCCUGAAGAUGACGAUUGCCGAGCUUUGGAUGUCAUGGUCUAGGAAUGU